GACAGAUGAUUUGAGGAGGCGCUGCAAACACUGUUAAUCAUCGAAAGCCCUGAAGUUUACGGUCUUGUGUGGGGAGUUUAUGCCUCUCAUUGUUUCUCAUAUAUGUUUUUUGUCCUCUAUUUUCUCUCACGAAGAACAAUGCUCUUCGUCGUUUCGCGGAAAUGUUUGUUUUGCUCGGCCCGUUUAGCCGUUGAUGUUGGUGCGCAAGAAGAUUGACACAAGCGUUUGCGGUUUGUAUCCGGUUAUCCGUGACGAUCUCAGUCGGAGAAAGAAGAAAAACCACCGUCCAAAUCGUCCGUCAGAGAAACAAAAGCGAGGAUAUCAUAAAAUGGCCGGCAACAGCGAACUCUGGGUGCAAUGCUUUACAUGCUGCUUGACGCCGCAAGCGAGGCGGAGCGGCAGACGAAACAACAGCAGACCCCAUCAGAGGCUCAGGAUAGAUAGAAGCAUGAUCGGCCUACCCACAAAUUUCAGACACACAGCGCACAUUAGCAGUGGUGACAUUGACAUGUCAAUCUCGCAGCUUGCCGAUCUUCAGGCACAGAUGCAGAGAAAGAGCGGUUUCGAUAGUGAUUUCGGUGCUAAGGUAUAGUCGAGAAGACAUACUGAGAUUUACAAGAAAAAGGUACAAUAAAUUUGUGGCGAGAACAUUUAAUUUAACAGACAGAGUGAGAAUUUAAUAAUGUAAACACAGCGAGACUGAUUUGUCUUUUGAUGUCCUAUCUUACUCUUCUCCAAGAAUGGAAGACCGUCUUCAUACGUACAAUAUCGCAUUUGUUUUGUGAUCCACUAGAACAUUUAAGG